GCUACAGACGUAAUGAAAUAGGUACCAUGAAAAUUGAUGGUCGAUGGAUGUAGUAAACGAACAAAAUGUGUGGACGCACUCCAACAUUUUCUAAAGUUAUACAAAAGUUAUAAGAAUAAAAGUAUAUUUAUGUAAUCUGUCGGGACAGGAGGGUUUUCUAUUGCGAGGUUAUUUUUGUUAUUGCGGAUCGUUUCUGCUCUGCCAUUGGGGGCGCUUGGGAGAUUCAUACAUUUCGCAAGCUUGUACUUCAAGAAAGUAACAAGAGUUCACUAGGAGAAAGAAUGGCCGGUGCAGAGGUGGAUGCAGUGGAUUUUGAGCCUGAAGAAGAUGAUCUUAUGGAGGAUGAUACAACAAUGGAUGAGGCAAAUGCUGGUGCGACUGGGGAGGCAGUUCCUACGGUGGCAGCACCUAAAUUAAGAUCUACAAUAACUGGCACCACAUCACAGCUGCAGCUGAGUGAUGGGCAUGGGCAUGAUCCCCCCAAGAAGACAAAAGGAAGGGGUUUCAGAGAAGAAACUGAUUUAGAACGCAAUAGUCGCUUUGCAGCGAGAGAUUUUGACUCUCUCAAUUCGGAUGGUGGCCCUGGCCCUCAAAGAUCUAUUGAGGGGUGGAUCAUUUUGGUAACUGGAGUACAUGAGGAGGCACAAGAGGUGGAUCUUCAAGAACUUUUUGGUGAGCAUGGAGAAAUAAAGAACCUGCAUCUGAAUUUAGAUCGCAGAACUGGUUUUGUAAAGGGAUAUGCAUUGAUAGAGUAUGAAACUUACAAUGAAGCUCAAGCUGCAAUAGCAAAUCUUAAUGGUGCUGAAUUAUUGACUCAAACCAUAUCUGUUGAUUGGGCCUUCAGCAAUGGUCCAUUUCGACGCAGAAACAAUCGACGGAGGUCUCCUCGUGGACAUCGCUCAAGGAGUCCUGUCAGAAGAAGAUAUUGAGUUAUACAUUAUUAUGAGAUGAUCUAUAGGAUGGCCAAAAUUUGGAUUGAUUCGUUCUUCGCAAGCAUUAAUGACAUGUGGUGUGGAAGUUUAAUAGUUGGUGUAUAUUAUUACAUACUGAAAAUUGUUUUCUCGUCUGUCCAUCUAUAACGAUUGUAGAGACAGCUGAAAUGGUAAUAGCUUUCUUUGAUGUGAAGGGAAGUGCAAUGAAAUUUAUUGGUGGGGAGAUCUCUAAUAUUAUUUUUGACCUGAAUCUCUUUCUUAA